ACGCCUUUAGUCGCAGCACCACCCAACAGAGACGAGCGGCGAGUCAAGGACCGAGCAGAACAGAAGGGACUGGAAGGCGGUUACUACUCCUCCUUUCUCUUCUCUUCUACCACUGUCUUUCUUGCUCCCCCUGUCUCUUUAGUCUGUAGACGAAGACACUUUGUGGUCCAGGGGCUUGACAACACAAAAAAACACACAAGUGAGGAUCUUUAAAGCGUUCAGAACAAUUCUGCGGAGAUGGAGGUGCCAGGUCUAGCACACAACAUAACCAGUCCUAUGAGUCCGUGCGAGGGGAUGAUCAAGGACCUGAGCCUGGACGCCCUGCAAUUAUGUGAACGAGAUGGCGGUAAGUCCCAGGACAUCUCGGAGGUGGAGGAGCUGCCGGUGGCCCAGAACAUCAAGAUCAGCAACAUCACGUGUGACUCCUUCAAGAUCUGCUGGGACAUGGACCCCAAGGUCAAGGAUCGCAUCACACACUACUUCAUCGACCUGAACAAGAAGGAGAACAAGAACUCUAACAAGUUCAAGCACAAGGACGUCCCCACCAAGCUGGUGGCCAAGGCGGUGCCCCUGCCCAUGACGGUGCGGGGCCACUGGUUCCUGAGCCCGCGCACCGAGUACACGGUGGCCGUGCAGACGGCCUCCAAGCAGCCGGACGGGGACUACGCCGUCUCCGAGUGGAGCGAGAUCAUCGAGUUCUGCACGGCCGACUACUCCACCGUCCAUCUGAACCAGCUGCUGCAGAAGGCGGAGGUGAUCUCUGGGCGUAUGCUGCGCUUUUCCGUCUUCUACAGGAACCAGAACAAAGAGUACUUUGACCACGCCAGAGAGUCUGAAGGCGGCCGCAUGCUGCCAUCGGUGAAGGACAACAGCGGCAGCCACGGCUCGCCCAUCAGCGGCAAGCUGGAGGGGCUCUUCUUCAGCUGCAACACCGAGUUCAACACGGGCAAGCCCCCGCAGGACUCCCCCUACGGCCGGCAGCGCUUCCAGGUGCCGGCCGAGGUCCUCUUCAACCCCGGCACCAACCUGUACUUCGGGGACUUCUAUUGCAUGUACACGGCCUACCACUACGUGGUGCUGGUGCUGGCGCCGCAGGGCUCCGCCGGCGACGACUUCUGCAAGCAGCGGCUGCCCGCGCUGGACAUCGCCGACAACCGCUUCCUCACGUGCACGCGGGCGGAGGAGGAGGGCGGCGGCGGCACGGGGGGCGAGGGGGCGGGGCUUGUGUUCCGCCACGCCCAGGAUGUGAACCUGGAGGUGAUCUACACCGAGCCGCUGGAGCUGGCGCGGGGCACGGUGGCGGAGAUCAGCGGGCACCAGCUGAUGAGCAUGUCCACGCUCAACGCCAAGAAGGACCCCAGCUGCAAGACCUGCAACAUCAGCGUGGGCCGCUAGGCUGACGCAGUGCACAGACGCAGACACACACACACACACACACACAUAUAUAUAUAGAAAUCUCACAUACACACACACACACUUAUAGACAUUACACAAACACACACAGACGACGCAGAAUUAUACACACACAUGUGGGCGCAUGCAAAUGCAGAUUUAGGAGACUGGCAGAAAUGCAAACAGACAUCACUAGAAACAUAUCUCUGACACACCUCUGUAUCCUUAAGAGACCGUCGUUUCCCGAAGAAAACUGUGGAGGAAGAGAGAAGAAAGGAAGGAAGGACUGAAGAGGAAGAUACACACAGACAGACACACGUUUGUCGCCGCAUAUUCACCGCUCUGCAGAGGGAUGCUCCUGAAAGGUCACAGCAUGACCUUGAAGUGAGGUUGUUGAACAGGGCAACAUAAAGAAACUAAACAUGAUGCAUACUAGACCGCUACCACACCCAGAUAUUAUUCUUAACGCAAAUGCAUCCGAUUUUCCACAAUCAAACCGUAACGCCCAUGCGUCUGUCGUUCGCUAGAAACAGAUUAUGGCUAACUUCCACAAACCCUUUAACGGUUUCAACCUGUUGAAUGUCUACAAACGUAGACAUUCAACAGGUUAAUGCAUGUCUUCAUCCGCUUUUGUUUAAACAGCUGUCGUUUUCUCUUUUUUGAUCUGUCAUUUGCGAUUUUCUCGCAAUCCUUGACCUGCUCACUCUAGUCAGCUGUCGUCAAAGUAAGCUUGUGCGUUUUAGCUCACUUUUAGCUCAUUUUAUCGUCUGUCUUUGGUGCAAAGUGUUUAAAAAUUAAUUCAGAGAAGGUUCUUUGUAUUUGACUACCUACUAGUGGCAACGACCGGUACUACAACCUAUUUGGGUUGCAGCAUCAAGUCAUCUUUAUUUAUGCCAAAGGUAAUGGAAAAUAAGAAAAAAAAAAAGGACACAGAGCUCAGUGUUUGAAGGAUCAUUAGUUUCCAGUCUUUUAAGCAUGAA